AUGGAUACUAAGGCAUACUCAGAAAUCUCUGAGAAGGCAUUAAUCACUGAGUUGUUUAGGAGAUAUCGUUAAACGUAUUGUAUUGCUCGGAAUGCCUGGAGCUGGAAAGGGGACUCAUUCAGCAAAAAUGCUGGCCCAUUUUUGCAUGUGCCAUCUAUCUACAGGAGACCUCUUAGAGAAGAAGUCAGGUCUGGAAGUGAUUUUGGUAAGCGGCUUAAAGGAAUUAUGGAUAGAGGUGAGCUAAUUGAAGAUGAAGUUAUGUGUAAUUUAAUCAAAUAUCAAUUAUCCAAGCCUGCAUGUGCAAAUGGAGCUAUUUUGGAUGGAUUUCCAAGAACUAUUCCUCAAGCUCAGAAAUUAGAUGAAAUUUUAAAAUAGAGUGGAUAAUAAAUUGAUCAAGCUAUCUUCAUGAACGUCAGAGAAGAUACCGUUAUCGAUCGACUAGGAGGUAGAUGGACCCAUCUAGCUUCGGGAAGAACAUACAAUUAUAAGUUCAAUCCUCCAAAACAAUAUGGAAAAGAUGAUAUCACAGGAGAAGAUUUAAUAUAAAGAGAAGAUGAUAAGGAGAGCACUAUUAGAAACAGAUUACGAGUGUAUUAGAGCAAAACCUCUCCAAUUGUUGACUAUUAUAGAUAGAGAAAUAUUUUGCAUGAGAUCGAUGCAGAAAGAUAAGUAGAUGAAAUUUGGAGAUAAAUCAAGAACAUUGUUAAAUAAAAAUGAUUGAUGUAUUUUAUAUCUUAAAAAUAUUUGAAUUUAAAAAGAUCUUAUUUA